CGGGAGCGAGGAUGCAGACUCUGAAACUGGCGCUGCUGGGCUGAGGCAGAGGCAGGGGAGUUGCAGCGCGCGCGGCUCGGUGAGUGUGUCUCCUGAGCGCGGAGAGGCGGGGGGAGGCGGAGGACGAGGAGGAGGAGGAGGAGGAGGAGGGGGAGAAUGCCCGGAGCCGCCGUCGCUGCCGCCGCCGCCGCCGCGAUGCUCCCGGCUCAGGAGGCUGCCAAGCUGUACCACACCAACUAUGUGCGGAACUCGCGGGCCAUCGGCGUGCUGUGGGCCAUCUUCACCAUCUGCUUUGCCAUCGUCAACGUGGUGUGCUUCAUCCAGCCCUACUGGAUUGGCGACGGCGUGGACACCCCGCAAGCCGGCUAUUUCGGGCUCUUCCACUACUGCAUCGGCAACGGCUUCUCCCGGGAGCUGACCUGCAGGGGCAGCUUCACGGACUUCUCCACGCUGCCCUCGGGCGCCUUCAAAGCCGCCUCCUUCUUCAUCGGCCUCUCCAUGAUGCUCAUCAUCGCCUGCAUCGUUUGCUUCACCCUCUUCUUCUUCUGCAACACGGCUACGGUGUACAAGAUCUGUGCCUGGAUGCAGCUCACCUCCGCUGCCUGCCUUGUGCUUGGCUGUAUGAUUUUCCCUGAUGGCUGGGAUUCAGAUGAAGUCAAACGGAUGUGUGGAGAAAAGACAGACAAGUACACUCUUGGGGCGUGUUCAGUCCGCUGGGCAUACAUCCUGGCCAUUAUUGGGAUUUUGGAUGCCCUGAUCCUCUCGUUUCUGGCAUUUGUGCUUGGUAACCGACAAGACAGCUUGAUGGCAGAGGAACUGAAGGCAGAAAACAAAGACGAUGGAAAUGCUUAAAGCAAACUAAGGUAGUGUGAGACCACACCAUUUCUGCUAAGCCAAUAUUCUCUAGAAUGAGCACAAAACAAAUCAAGUAACAGCUAAACAAAUCGAAUAAGAGCUUUUGUACAUCAACAUCAAGAAGGAAGACUCUUGGGAGAAAUCAGAGUACAGAGACGGAUCUGGACAAGAGUGAACCAUCUACUUGUCAAAGCACUUUCUAAAUCUGGACUGGCAGAGAUGGGAGUGAUUUUCUGGAAGGAGAUGUGAUAAUGGAUUAAACACCAGCUCAUUGGAAACUAUCACUGAAUAAGAUCAGACCGCAUUCAUGAGAAAUCACAUUCAGGAAAUAUUUUAAGGAAGAGGAGUAUAAAUGUGCUAGAAUUAACAUGUAAAAUAUAUAUGUACCAAGGUUUGUAAACUGUCCUUUUUUAAUCCCACGGAAAACAAAAAGCUUUAAUCUUUCAACCUUAUUUGAAAAAAGGCAGUCAAUCCUAAAUUAUUCCUAUCUCAAUAGCCAAGAGGCUUAUCAAGCAUCAUUCAUGGAGGAAGCAUCUUAGAAAAUGCCUCUGCGUGUUUUCACAUGAUCUUUGGUUCCCCAUCUCUGCCGUGUGUUUCUUUCACUGUGUAAUUAGUUACAACUACUCGGUUAAGAGAUGUAACACUUCAAGCUUUUUACAGAGUCUGUGUUCAGUUUAAUCUGUCUGUACAAGUUAUUAAUGAGAAAGUGUUUUUGACAUAUACUAUAACUCCAUCGAGAUGUAUAUUACAGGAAGUACAUCUUAACAUCAUAAGUUCCCAAGCAACAUAGAUAUCCCUAUCUUCCAGGAAACAGUAUCAAGGAACUCUGAAAAAUAUAGAAAGCUCAUUUUCACCUUGGAUGCUCACAUGUAAUAUAUAGGCUGCUAUCAAAUAAAUACCUUUUUCUAAUUCUCCCUAGUAUAUGCAUAGGAAUUGAAUAUACUUCAUAAGAAGGCAUCUAAAAUCCCUCCUUUUUUUUUCUAUUUCUUUGCCAUACAUGUCAUCAGAAAUCCAUAUCCUUUUUACCCUUACUAAUAGGUACUUGUUUUUGUUUUGAAAAAAAAAUCAUUCCAUUAAACCUAUUUCUAAAUUAUAGUAAGUGGUACUAACAAAAUAAAUAAUAAUUUAAUAGCCUUAGAAAUAAAUGAAUAUAUACUUAUACAGGUCAAGAAACUUGGUAGGAGUAAGUUGCCUAUUUGUUUACUAAUGUUGGUUUUUUCAAGAAUGCUCAGAUUUCUUUUUGUCGGUUGACAUUUGGAAAUAGUUAUAACUGGUCACUUGUCUUCAGCAAUCUUUUGCUCCCGGGCUUCCCCCACUAUCACCCUCAUCACAAAUCCUGCCCAUAUGCAACAACAGAAAAAUAUGUAAUAUUGACCUGGCCAACUGCUUGAGAAUGAACACGAGCUAAAAUGUAUAUGCAGGGGGUAAUUGGUGUGAACUAAACCACGUUCUGUACGUGAGCAGAAAACAUGGACGUGUAGAAUGCCUUCAUUUUUAGACUCAAAAUUAAGAUCAAAUUAGCAUCCAUCACUGGAAUACCAGAUGGAGGGUAAGACAAGAAGUGAUACAGAUCAGAGUCGAUGUCUCGUACCCUGUCUCUAUUAAGACAACACUCUCAUUCUUGCCAAAUGUUUCUAGUAGUAGCUAUCUUUACACCAUGAAGGAGAUUAUGUUCUAAAUGGCCAAGAGUAUAUUACAAGUAUGCUCAAAUGAGUGAGCCCCAAAUCACGAAGCUAUGGAUUUUCUAAAGAACCAAAUUAAGGGAAUACUUAUUAUCUCUAAAGUGUUAGUCAUUCUGGGAGUUACUUGUUGCAUUAAAUAGAAGCUCUCCCACUGCAUUCAAAGCACCCUACUUACUAAAUUUAAUUACACACAACUUUUCAAGAAUUCAUCUUUUAGUUAAAGGGAGGUACCUCUCUAUCUACAAUAAAAUUAGAAGGUGUUGGUUUUCUCUAAUCCAUGUAAAUUACAGAUUCCAUUGGGAGUCCUGCAUCACUAGAAGUGGUGUUUAUGAAAAUGAAAAAGUGCUUCCUAUCCACACACAAAUGUUUUCAAAAAAUUUUUUCCAUGAAACCUAAGUGUAAUUUAGCAUACCACAGUGCUCUGAAGAUGGGUCAUUGAUGAUGUACCAUUUGUACAUAGGUAAUACACAUGUAAAUCACUAAGUGUUAAGUAUAAGAAGUAUGUUUUUAUCUUUUUUAAAAAAAAAAAAAGUGACUCCCUUUCUCAUUCUGUUCUGUUGUAUUGCGUCCAAAAAGUUGUGUGUAAUUUUUUUAAGGUCCAGGAAAUGUAAAGAAAUUUGUUGGAAUAUCUGAAUUUCUGUAAAAAAUAAAAAUAAAAAUAAGAUUUUGUUAUUUAGAAGAUGGCUUGGUGAUGUGGCA